CCAGCUUCUGAGCAUUUUGUCAUAUCUGCUCAGCUACCUACUCGGACACAUCUUCACAUGGUUCCUCAUCAGUCGAGUAUUGUGUGGCACAGCUCGUGCCAACGUGGCUGUGCUGACAGCUCUGGUUGGCGAUCAAAGCAGUGUAGAGCUGCGCACACGUGGAAUGGCCAUCAUCGGCUUGGCCUUCAGUCUUGGUUUCACUGUCGGUCCACUUCUGUCAGCUCUCGGCAUAAGAUGGCUGGUAGACACGUUUAAGAACGUCACCGUUCUGGGUGCACUGGGCAUGAGUGCUAUCGGACUGAAUGCACUUGGUUUGUUGACCUUAUGCGGAUUCGUGGCAACUUCCCAAUCGGAAAAUAUACGCCCAACUAUACGAAACCGCGAAUCCGUACGAACCGUGCUCCGUCUUGUCAAUGUGUCGUCGCUGUUUUCUUUAUCCGGAGUUUCGAGACCCCAAAAAGACACCGAAAGCCUACGGACCUACGGCUUGAUCUGGUUCUCUUACGUUCUCAUAUUCUCAGGGCUGGAAUCCGCACUUAUUUUCCUCACUCGGUCACGAUUUGGCUACACCAGCCGCGAUCAAGGGCGCAUGUUUUUCAUCAUUGGUCUCUGGAUGAUUGCCAUCCAAGGCGGUUUAAUUCGACGAUUCAGCCCGGGAAACGAGUUGCGGUUGGCUUCUACGGCUAUACUCAUCCUCGCAUCAGCUAGCGCAGUCGUCGGGAUUGCGCAACACCUCUGGGUGUUUCACUUGGGUUUGUUUCUGUGGUCGUUUGCAGCCGCCACAUUCAUUCCCACUUUUCAAGCCGCGAUAUCCUUUCUAGCUGGUCCCGAUCGACAGGGACAUGUGCUUGGAGUCUUUCGGUCGUUGAAUGCCUUGGCUCGUGCCAUAGGACCGGCGCUGUUCUCCCUACUGUUUUGGGCCACCGGUUCCAUUUGUUCUUACGUGAUCGCAGCCUGCCCACUAGUUCUCUUGUGGCUCUAUUUUAGACAUACAAAUAGGGCUUUCGCGCGCGUACACACGCAGUAAUGCGUUUGUAUCCAGUUUACUUUAUUUGCUCGCCUAUAAAAGUUGACUUGCGCUCA